CGCACCGGAAGCCCGGUGGGCGUGACGGAGACGUGUCUCACGGGGAUCCCUGGAGGUGCUUCCCGGGUGUCGGGACCGGGAAGGCUGUGUCCAUUCCUCCUGCACUUCGCGGACCCAGCGGAGCAGCGUGGGGCGGCGGCGGCGGCGGCGGCCCGGGCUGGGAGCGGCGGCCGCCGGGGGCUCAGCCAUGGCCGAGUCGGUGGAGCGGCUGCGGCAGCGGGUUGAAGAGCUGGAGCAGGAACUCGCCAGGGAGAGAAGCCCGCGGGCUGUGGGGGCCGACCACAGAGUGGGCGGCCGGACCCGCAUCGAGAAAAUGAGCUCCGAGGUGGUGGACUCCAAUCCCUACAGCCGUCUGAUGGCAUUGAAACGGAUGGGGAUUGUCAGUGACUAUGAGAAAAUCCGUACCUAUGCUGUGGCAAUAGUAGGUGUUGGUGGAGUUGGUAGCGUAACUGCUGAAAUGCUGACAAGAUGUGGCAUUGGUAAGCUGCUACUCUUUGACUAUGACAAGGUGGAACUUGCCAACAUGAAUCGACUCUUCUUCCAGCCUCAUCAAGCAGGCCUGAGUAAGGUCCAAGCAGCAGAGCACACCCUGAGGAACAUUAACCCUGACGUUCUGUUUGAAGUUCACAACUACAAUAUCACCACAGUGGAAAACUUUGAACAUUUCAUGCUUAGAAUACGUAAUGGCGGAUUGGAAGAAGGAACACCUGUUGACCUGGUUCUUAGUUGUGUGGACAACUUUGAAGCUCGAAUGGCAAUAAAUACAGCUUGUAAUGAACUUGGUCAGACAUGGAUGGAAUCUGGGGUCAGUGAAAAUGCAGUUUCCGGGCACAUCCAGCUCAUGAUCCCUGGAGAGUCGGCUUGUUUUGCGUGUGCGCCACCACUUGUCGUUGCUUCAAAUAUUGAUGAGAAAACCCUGAAGCGAGAAGGCGUCUGCGCAGCCAGUCUCCCCACCACCAUGGGAGUGGUUGCAGGGAUCUUGGUACAGAAUGUAUUAAAGUUUCUGUUAAAAUUUGGCAACGUCAGUUUUUACCUUGGAUACAAUGCAAUGCAGGAUUUUUUUCCUACCAUGUCCAUGAAGCCAAACCCUCAAUGUGACGACAGAAACUGUAGGAAGCAACAGGAAGAAUAUAAGAAGAGGGCGGCAGCACUGCCUACACAGGAGGCCGCACCCGAGGAGGAGGAGAAGGUGGUUCAUGAAGACAACGAGUGGGGUAUUGAGCUGGUAUCUGAGGUUUCAGAAGAGGAACUGAAGAACUCUUCGGGUCCCAUUCCCACCUUACCUGAAGGAAUUACAGUGGCAUACACAGUCCCAAAGAAGCGAGAGGAUUCUGUUCCUGAAGUAACAGUGGAAGAUUCUGGUGAAAGCUUGGAAGAUCUCAUGGCCAAGAUGAAGAACAUGUAGACAGUGGAUGGCAUCCGUUUGACUUCCUGUGCUGAGGCUGUUCCCUUGGUAUCAGUCAGAACUGAUAAGCCUAGGGCCACCGUAACUGGUAUAUGCAUCGUCACUGAGCUGUUAGGCUGUACUGAAUACUGAUGGUUGCCUCGUGCUUCCCUCUGCAACCACGUCAGUAGCGCUCCUACAGAAAGGAGAGGAGGGGCUCAUCCCAUUCUAUAAUUUUCUUUACAGUAAUUCCCUCUCUGCCCUGAGGCCCUGGACAGUAAGUAGCACAGAAGGAGGGUGAGAUGUGUAACCUGGCGGCUGUGGCCGGCAAGUGUCUGGGUGAAAGCCUUCCUUCUGGACUGUCACCCAUUAAUGCUCUGACCAGGCAGGGGUGACUUGAAACAGCCUAUAGAAUAAAAACAUCCCUGAGGUGUUUUUCGAUAAAAUACAAGCAGAAUGUCUUCAUUGGCAGUGUGUUAACCCAUGGGCUAAAUAUUUAAAACAGAGCCUAGAUUAAUGAGAGCCAUCUUCAUGGACAGACAAAAGUACAUUCAGGAAACAUCAGUUAUAUUCUCAUUUUCACCGACCAAGGGAAAGGCGGUGCUGUCUGUAGCAGAAGUGCCUGGAGCCACCAUGGUACUGAAGUGCAGGCAUGGUACAGUGUUCUUGAGAUACACUGUUCCUGAUUACUUGAUUCCAAAAGUAGUGAGAUGCUCACAAGGCUUUUCCUGGGGGGGGAGAAACUCGACAUUUCCUCUGCAGUGGCUGACAGGUAUUCCCUGCCAGGGUUCCAUUUCUUAACUGUGACCACUUAAAUUGUAAACUGAUGCCUGACAUGACAGUUGAUGAUUUUUACCUUGAACUUAUGAAAUGAAUACUAAUGAAUGUCUAAAUUGUAUGUAUCAGAAAAUGUGAGCAAACAUUAAAAGUGCCAUUCCCGACUUGUAAAAUAA